GCUCGGUCAGGCUGCGGUCGGCUCGGGUACGUUCGGCUUCGCCCGACGGUGUGGAGCUCGGCUACGCUCGGGCCAGCUCGGCCGCACUCGGCUCACUCCGGCUGCAGCCGAGCUCCCACGCCUGCGCGGCAGGCUGCGCAUGCGCACUGCCGGCCGGCUCCGUCAUGAAGUAAGUCGGUGGGACGCGGCCGGGUUGGGGUGGAUUUGGCUCGGUUCGGCUGCUCCCGGUGCUGAUGGUGCCCUCGCCCGCAGCCCCCUUACGAAGGUGAAGCUGAUCAACGAGCUGAACGCGCGGGAGGCGGAGCUGGGCGUUCAGGAGGCCGUGUCGUGGCACGCCGAGUACAAAGACAGCGCCUGGGUCUUUGUCGGCGGGUUGCCCUACGAGCUGACGGAGGGAGAUGUCAUCUGCGUGUUCUCACAGUACGGGGAGGUCGUUAACAUCAACCUGGUGCGGGACAAGAAGACAGGCAAGUCCAAGGGCUUCUGCUUCCUGUGCUAUGAGGACCAGAGGAGCACCAUCCUUGCUGUGGACAACUUCAACGGGAUCAAGAUCAAAGGAAGGACCAUCCGAGUUGACCAUGUGGCAAACUACCGGCCCCCCAAAGACUCUGAUGACUUAGAUGACAUCACCAAAGCCCUCCAUGCCAAGGGAUGUGGGGUUAAAACACCACCUCAUUCAUCAUCUGAUUCCCUGUCGGAAGAUGAUGAUGUGCCCGUGAAAAAACAGAAAGAGGAGAAGAGCAGACAGGAGCGGCACAAGCCAAGCUCGCAGGCUGGGAAGAGGGUGGCUGCUGAGGAGGAGACACAGCCCAGGAUCAAGAUCAAGAAGGAGAAGGAGGACCCAGGCUAUGAUCGCUAUGCCAGUGGGAGCCAGCAGCCAUGGAAGGGCUCGGAGGGGAAGCCCUCGAGCAGGAACAAGCGAGAGGAGGAUGAAUGGAGGCACCAGAGGCCCUCAGAGAGAAGAGGAGGGGAAAAGGGCAGCCAGGACCAGAGGGGACAAAGUGGUUUGAGGGAAGAGAGGGAGGCUGGCAGGAGAAGCAGGCGGGAAGAGUGUCCUGAGGGGGGCAGAUCCCGUGAGCGUGGGGAGCACAGGCACAGGGAGCGGGGCUCUGCCCGAGGCUCCAGCCGCUGCUGAGCUCCAGGGGCUGGGGGAGGCCCUAAGCCUGACUAAAAAAAGCCUGGUUAGAUCUACUCCAUUCUGAGAGAGAGGCCCUGAACCUUCACAAAAACUUCAGCUCUUCUCCCUGCCAAAAGGGACCUGGCUAAAGACCUGCUCACAGCCUGUCUUGGGGCCACCACAGCUGGACUGUUCACUUUCAGUACCUUUCAUGUGGAUUCUCAGCUCUCCUGUGUCACCAGCUUGGUACAGCAAGUUUGUUUCUUCCCUGGAGCUGGUUUCUGGGAGGAGCAGAAUGUUCUCUGCCAAAUCCUGGAGGGACUGUCCCCACAUUGCUCUGCAGAGAGAGGUCGGGAGGUGUCUUGUUGGCCUUAGACCCUCCAUCUUCGGGUGCUGAGCACCCACCUAGCAGCUUCUGGCAUCUGGUGCUGACUUGGGCACGGUGUUGGGCUCUGUUUUGUUUAAUAAACGUUACCUGGCUCCGGGAGCAGCCUUUCUCUCCCGGUUACCAGAA